CACCCAAAGCUCUUGCGUUUCCGGCCAGCUCAGCGUCAGUCCUGUGGUGUUGUCAGCUCCCUGUCAGUCGCUCUCUGCUUCACCUGUGAUAUAUAUCUGUUCCCCCCUAGAAUCACCGGAGAACCACCGCCACCGGAGAGAUGGUGCUGCUGACGAUGAUCGCUCGGCUGGCGGACGGGCUGCCGUUAGCCGCCUCCAUGCAGGAGGACGAGCAGGGAAGUGAAAAGUUGGGUCGGGACCUUCAGCAGUAUCAGAGUCAAGCUAAGCAGCUCUUCAGGAAACUCAAUGAACAGAGUCCAUCACGCUGCACUUUAGAGGCCGGCUCCAUGGCAUUUCACUAUGUUAUAGAGAAAGGCGUGGUGUACCUGGUGCUGUGUGAAGCCAGCUUUGCUAAGAAGCUGGCCUUUGCUUACCUUGAAGACCUGCAGGCAGAGUUUCAUGAGCAGCAUGGGAAGAAGGUCCCUACAGUUUCACGGCCAUACUCCUUCAUUGAAUUUGACACCUACAUCCAAAAAACCAAGAAGUCGUACAUCGACAGCCGAGCGAGGAGGAAUCUGGGCAGCAUCAACACAGAGCUGCAGGACGUCCAGAGGAUCAUGGUGGCUAACAUAGAGGAGGUGCUGCAGAGAGGAGAGGCUCUGUCGGCGCUGGACUCCAAGGCCAGCAACUUGUCCAGCCUGUCCAAGAAGUACAGGAGCGACGCCAAGUAUCUGAACACCCGCUCCACCUAUGCCAAGCUGGCAGCCGGCGGCGUCUUUUUCAUCAUGCUCAUUGUCUACGUACGCUUCUGGUGGCUCUGAGAGAGAAAAAGAGGAGAAGGAGAAGAAGGAAUUGAAGAAGGAAAUGAGCUGCAGAGAAUCGGCAGACACUAAGAAGAGCUGUCACCUUUGACUAAAACAGGAUCUUAAUAAGACUUUGCAGACAUGCCACCGCCCGUUUUGUUCUCACCUGUCCAUGGAUGUGUGGUCUGAAUAUAAAUGAUGUCAUAUCACAUAGUUUUAUUAUUAACAAUUAUUCAGUAUUGCGCUUGUAAUUGUCCUGAAGAAAGGUUCAAACAAAAUGAGUGAUCGUGAGUGUUUUGGUGUGAUUGCUCUGUUUCUGAAGGUGAUGAAAACACAUUUCUUGUUUUGUGAGUUUACAAAGCUGUACUAUAACAUGACUGAUUCACUCUUGUAUAAUGUCUGUAAUAAUACAGAGAAGAGCAAAGAAAACAUAAGCCUAUUUAUCCUGAGCACGUCAUAUGGCUAUCUGAAUUCAUUUACAUUAUAAUCAAACGGGAUGUACCACAGUUACAAUCGCAAAAAUGGCAUUUAUCAUUUUACGUUGAAUUGACUCAGCUAUCAACUAGGGAAAGUACUUUUAAAGUAAACUGUCACAUGGAAGUGGUGGUAUAAGUGGCUGCACAAACAUUUUAAGGUUGUCAGAGAAGGAGGAAAGUCAUGGAGUUUUUCUUUUUGCUGAAAGAAGGGUAGAGGUUAACUUAAUAUCAAUCCAAAUUUAUAUUUCAGCCUUGGUGAUUGUCACAAAGCAUAUAUUUAGUGUGCAUAGUUGGUCAUAAAUGUGCUCAAAAAAAUGUAUCAUGCAAAUGACAACAAUCCUGUCGAAGUUUAAUUUUAUAUUUUUCGCCAGUGAAUAGGACUUAUCUGUCAAUUAUAGGAAAAACAGCAUAAGGAUAUUUAUGUUUAUGGAUAAUACUGAUUGAGUUAUCUCUGCUGGCAUUAGUUCCCCUCUUCUUCACAUCAGCCUUCACAAUAAUUAGUUCCAUGUUAUAUUUUGAGUUUAGCCUUUUAGGUAUGCCUUUUUUCUGGAGAAGAGGAAGAAAAAAUGGAGAGCCCACAGCCCCCACCCGCCAAUAAAUGUCCUAAAGUUCCUCACCUCAACAUUCAUACACACUUUAUCCUCCCUGGCACCACGACUGUGGACCAGCAGUGUUUUAUAAGCAGGCAUAUUAAAAAAGAAGUGUGUGCUGCUUGGGUCCUUUUUAUGUUGUAUAAAGUUUCCACAUGUAAACCAGAGAGUCUCUUUUUCUGUUCUGUCUGCUAUCAAUGAAUAAAAUGAUUUGCACAAAA